AUGGCGGCGGUGAAUGUCAUUGUGGAUAAACUGGUCUGUUUUUGGGGAAACCCGAACCCCAGAAGAGUCUUCCCCUGGAUGUUUUUACUCAUUUCCAUCACUGGGUCUUUACUGAAGGAACUGCAGCUUGUUCCAGAGACUUAUUUUAGCAGCAGCAGGAAUAUUCUCAACUUGUAUUUUGUGAAAGUGUCCUGGGGCUGGACUCUGCUGCUCCUCUCGCCCUUCCUGCUUCUCUCCAACGCCUCUUUCAGCCGCGAUGUGUCCUUCCUCACACGGCGCCUGCUCGCUCUGCCCAUCGCCACCGCGGUCUGGUAUGUAUUCACAGAGUCUUUCUUCUACAUCGAGGACGUUACCGGCUCCUGCUUCCAAACCAACUCCAUGGACGAUUUGAAGAUCGAAUUCACCUCUAAAACCAUGUGCAGACGCGCUGGCUUCCACUGGCUCGGCUACGACAUCUCAGGACACUCCUUCAUUCUCACUUAUUCUGCGUUAUUCAUCAUGGAAGAGACUGCUCCUAUGGCUUAUCUGAAAAACGCCAACUUUUCUGCUUUGCCGCGCUUGGUGCUAAACUUGCUGUACGUUGCGUUGAAUUGCCUGGUGUUCCUCUGGCUGUGGAUGUUCACGUGUACGUCUGUGUAUUUUCACAAUCCGUUCGAUAAGCUGCUGGGGACACUGUGUGGCCUGCUAGAGGAGUCCAAACGUGUCGCUGAAGGGAGGACUCUGACCUAA